UCAUGUGUCAUUAUGUUGUCAAUCUUGUAGUGUGUUAUUUUGUUGCGGCAUUUAUUUGAGUUCUAUAAAUUGCAUCGACUUUUACUCUCUAAUAAAUCUAAUUAAUAAAAAGAAAUAUACAUAAUGAGUCGCAAAGAGGCACUGUCGUCGUUCAUCCAACAAAUCCACGGGCGGCCGGUCGUCGUGAAACUAAACAGUGGCGUCGAUUACAGAGGUGUACUCGCGUGUUUGGACGGCUACAUGAACAUAGCACUGGAGCAGACCGAGGAGUAUGUGAACGGACAGCUCAAGAACAAGUACGGGGACGCCUUCAUACGAGGGAACAAUGUGCUCUACAUCAGCACACAGAAGAGACGGAUAUAGUACGGAGUCAGUGUGGAGUUGUGUAAGAUAGGGUUAAGGAUGUGAUAAAUAAAUGUUUGCAAUCUCUCACACUUUGUAUGUACUUACAGGAUAUUUAUUUACACAAGAACUUAAUACUAAAUAGUGUACAGUUAGUGGUACAGACUCAGCUUGCUGUGAUGACAGUGGACUGUACACAUACUAGGAGUACUGAUGUACAUUACUGCAGCCACACAGCUUCUCAUGUGUAUUGAAAUGUAACAUCUCCAUACAUCUGGAACAAAAUAAAUUCAGUAUUUUUAUCAAUACAAAGUA